UUGAUGCGAAAAUGGUGAGAGCUAAAAAACCAUUGUCAAAAGCCAAAAAUCUACGAAGAAAAGUAGAAUAUCAAGGAAAAAAUGCUGUCAAAGGCGGUGUUUCUAAGAAAGAAACGAAAGAAAAGGCUAUGAACCCUUUCGAUUUGAGAUACAUAAAACAAAAGAAAAUGGCAGUCGUUGGAAAAACGGUCAAUCAUAAUUUGACGCAGUCUAAAAACAUGAAAAUCGGUGGCAGACCUGUGGAAUCGAAGACAAAAACGAACGCAAUGAGAAGAAAUACCUUCACAAAUCUGUUGAAAAAUGAAGGAAAAAGAAAUUUGUUCGAAGAUAGAAGAAUUGGCGCAAGCGCAGGUUCGAAACUUGGACCAAGUGCUUCGAACUCCACCAGAAAUAUGAACGAUGAGUCUAUAUUUGAGGACAUGAUGUUUAAAAAGUUCCAACUUCAGCGGCAAAAAAUGUCUGAAUCUAGUUUCGGUUCGAAGCCUAGCCAAGUAGUUAAAAGGUUUAGUGGUAAUAGCCAUGUAAGUAAAUACCAGUUGGUUAAUAAAGAUGAUAGUGAUGAUGGCAACGGGGUCGGGCAAACGGUGGAGUUGACUCAUUUGGGACAAAGUAUAGGGGAGAUGGAGAGAUUCGAAACGCCGACCACUGCUGUUUUGAGUGACGAAGAUGGCGUGGAGGAGGAGCAGGUUUUCAGUGAAGCUAUGGCCUCGGAUGACCGGAAUCUGACUCUGAAAGAAAAGAUGCAAAAAUUGAUCGCGAUGUCCAAAAUGAAGAAAUCUCUCCAACAGGAAACGAACGACAAAUUAGCUGAACAGACUCACAAUCUAGACGCGGAGUUCAAAGACAUCUCGCAUCUUCUCACUAAUGCUAAUAUCACAACGACCGAACGAAACGAAAGAGAAAUCCAAGCCGAUAAAAGUUAUGGAAGUUUCAUGGAAGCGCUUGAAGAUUGCGCCAGAGCAAAGCCAGAUGAUCCAAUCGACGAGGAAAAGAAGACAAGAGAGGGAACGCAGGAUGGUGAUGAUGAUCCAGACCAUGUUAUUUUGGACGUCAAAAAGGUUCCGGAUGUAAGAGAUCCAAAGUUGAAGCCAAUUCCGACCAAUCAUGUAUCAGCGGAUGAUUUAGGCGAGACGUUUUUCGACUAUAAACGUCACAUGGAUAGGAAAGCAGAUAUUUUUUACUCGCAAUCGGGAGAGUUGAAAGUUCCGGGAGGAGGAUUUGACAAUAAGUUUUUGUUGAAGAAAAUAAAACGAAAACGAAGAGUUUCAGACGAUGAUUUGAGCGAUGACGAUGAUAGUGAAGAUAGCGCCGAGGGCUUAGAAUCUCCCGAAGAUGAAGACUCGGAAUCUGAAACUGACCAAUUACAGGAGCGAAGUUCCGCUGAAGAGGAUGAAGAAGAGAACGAUGAUAUGUGUGAAAAUUCCGAUGACGUAAUCAAAAACGAAGGUGACGUAAUUGAAAAUGAAAACGAGGAUUUGGAAAUUGAUCAAAACCAAAAUGGGGCGGAAAGCGAUACCGAAGAAAUAAGUCCGGAAAUUUCCAAAAUCUACCCGACCAAUUUUGACGAUUUUACUACGAAAAUCAAAGAUGAAUAUGCCGAAGGUGGAGAAAAACUGAAAUCAUAUCUUGAAAAUGUUGUAGAAAUUCUUUGCAAGCGAACAGAUUAUAAACGGAGUUGUAAUAAGUUUUUAAGGUUUCUGAUAAUUGCUAUGGAAAAUAGCAUAAUCGAAACUAAUUCAUCGUCACGUUUUGAUGCCAAUCUGCUGAAAGUGAUACGUUCGUCUUUACGAAAUGUAUGCGUUAGGAACACAGAAGUUUCGGUUUCGAUUGUAAAGGAACUGAUUAUCGAAAAAUUCCAGAAUCUCAAAUCGUUCAGUUGUUUGAAUACAGAAAACUACAUUUUUGUUAAGUUUCUAAGCCAAAUAUACGAUCUGAGCUGCAAAGGUUUGUUGAGUCUGCAGUUAAUGAUUUGUCUGUUCAUAUCCAAAACGCUUACAAAAGGAAAACUUUACUCAAUCAGCGAUUUGAGGAAUUAUUUGCUCUUUGCCGAUUUGCUUUUGAAAGUUAACUCGAAACCUGUGCGAUUUGCACCUGAAGUAAUAGUUGUAGUUGAAAAUGUCUUGAAACUUGCGACCAAUGAAGCUUUCGACGAAUGCUCAAAUGUCGAGAUUAAAGCAGAAUUUCUACGAUCAGGAUUGACUUCAGAGAAGAAACUUAAAAUGUUUGAUGACAGUCAAUUGUUAUUUUUAACGUGUGCUCGCAUGAAGCAAACACCUGCUACAAGAUUCCAAAUUGUCAAUUUUGCUCUGGAAUUGUUUUCCAAAUGCCUUGAUAUGUGGUCCGAUGUCCCUGCUUUGACUACGACGAUAUCAAAAAUCAAAGAAAUAGUAGCUGACCUGGUUGCAAAGAAAGAUUUGGGAUCACAAAUACGAGAGAAGCUUGAUGGUGUUCAAGUGAAAAUUCUAGAUUUGGAGAAAUUGGAACGACCUCAGUUGCACUUGGUUAAGGAGAAGCCAAAAGCAUGGAAGCAGUUCAAUCCAAAGUUGAUUGAUAAUUUCGAUGAAAGCAAAGCAAAAGGAUCGGCCUGGGGCAAACAGAACGAGCGGGUGCGGAAGAAGAGGAAAUUGAAGCGAGAAAUUCGUGGAGCCAUGAAGGAACUGCAGAAGGACUCGAUGCUGCUUCAGAAGAUGAGAGUGGAAGAGCAGUUGGCGAAAGACAGAGAGAGGAAUGAGAGAGUGAAGAGGAUUUAUGGACAGCUAGCCAAUCAGGAGGGGGAGGUGAAAAAGAUAAAGAAGGCCAAGUUUCAACUCAUAUGAUGGGGUCAAGAGGUCAUGGUUUCCAUUUUACACUGUCACAAAAGCGCCUUGUUGUUCGGAUUAAAUCCAAGAAGGUAGCACAGCAAAAGUAGUUUGGGCCAAAAAGUCUUGCGACUGAACAAAAAAUUGGAAAAAGAACGUAAUGUUUUUCUUUGUGAAAAAUUUAUUGAGUUGUUUGAAUUCAACAUUAUAUCAAAGAUUAUG